AUGAAUUAUAGUUCUUGUGCGUUUCUGGAUGAUUAUAAUGAUUACCGAUACAGUCUAACUAAUAUACUAGAUGGUAAUGGUAAUCCUUUAUCUUCGAUGACCAAUCUAUCCCAAAUAUUACUUAAUUGCAAAACGGGUAAACUAUUUGCGUAUUGGAUAACUUCGUACCCACCUAUUCCUUCCUGGGUUCAUUUUAUAAUUGGUUGUUUUAUGAUUUUUAUCAUGAUAACCGGCGUGUCUGGGAACUUUAUAGCGUUUUGGAUCUUUUCUAGUACAAAAUCUUUGCGUACUCCAUCAAAUCUCUUACUCUUAAAUUUGGUAUUCAACGAUUCUAUGAUCCUAUUAUCCAAUUGUCCACUUAGCAUAAUCGCGUUAUUCAAGGAAAAUUGGUUCCUUGGGGAUUUGGGUUGCAAUUUUUACGGAUUUACUGGAAGCUUGUUUGGACUAUUAUCGAUCAAUACCAUAGCAUCUAUAGCUUGCGAUAGAGCGUUUGUCAUCGGAAACAGCAUAAAAGGCAAAAAAAUUAACUACAAGCAGGCCAUAUUUAUAAUUAUCCUCAUUUGGUCAUAUUGCCUCUUUUGGUGUUUUUUACCUCUGGGUGCUUGGGGCGCUUAUGUAUUCGAAGGUCCUCUCACAUCUUGUACCAUCGAUUAUAUCAGUAGGGACAAAUCAACUAUUUCCUAUGCCCUAUGCCUCUUUAUAUUUUGUUUCGUCGUGCCACUUUUAGUAAUUAUGAUUUCGUAUAUCAUAAUAUUUCGGACAAUCGUCAUAAACAACAAACAAAUGAAGCAGCAAUCGAAAGAGAUCUCGGCUUCUAGACGGCUCAUGCAUAUGCGUGGAAUUGCUUUAGAUAUCAAAAUCGCAAAAAUGGCCUUAUAUCUACUGUUUGGUUUUUUAGUAGCUUGGGGCCCUUACGCAAGUUUAUUCGUAAUAUCUUUGAUUGGCAAGACGCCAAUUAUCACGCCUAUAGUAACUUUGUUUCCAGCUAUGUUUGCAAAAACGUCUGCUUUGUAUAAUCCAUUCAUUUACGCAUUAUCUUACCAGAAAUACAAAAAGGCUUUGCUCAGAAAAUUUGGAUAUACCUGGUGCGGAAAUUACCUAGCAAAUAAUAAUCUUUUAGGAUUCCACCAGUUUUCACUUAGUGAAAGUGGUAGAUCGACAUCACGUAGAAAUGCUAUUAUAAGUGACAAAAGAAGUGAUAAGAUAAUACUAAUGUUGAAAAAAUAA